GCUGCAUUGAUGCUGGCCGAAGCACCUUGUGAUCGAGGUGCACCACUGCAUGCCCCACCAUGUCCUCGACCUCAGGCAGAGAAGAAGUUGUUCAACUCGGGCCGACGGGCCCGGCUGAUGUCGAGGAUCUGCUUGACCUCAGUGGCGCGCUUCUCAGCUUCUUGCCACAUGGUGAAGGUCUCGAGCUUGAUCUUGCGGUAUACGCAGGAGGGGAUGCCGCUCAGGUACUUGUCGCGUAGCUCCAGGUCCCCAUACCUGGAGUGGUCCGCCGGACCCUUGAACAACGUGGAGAACUCUGCAGCGCUCCACUUGUGCAGUGGUGGCAUCGUCGAGAUUGCCAAAGCAAGCCUUAAACGCUGUAAGGAAGGCUGCUUCGUUGGCGAAGGGGGUUGUUGCUCCCUGGACCCCAGUUUGGACAGCAGCAAGCUGGAAGAAGAUGGGGGUGGCCCAGGUUUGCACAUUACCAUCGAGGAGACUGAGGGUGACUUGAACUUUAAGUUCGAUGGUCGAGAGCGCCGUGUUGAUUGCCCAGGGGCAUGGGUGAGGACAUUACUGGCAACGAGGGGGACAAAGGCCUGCCUGCGGGCGAAGACGGCUGUUGUGACUGUUCGCCGGGCGAAUUUUGACUGGAGCGAGUGCGCAAGCAGCCUCGCGGCAGCGACGGCGGUGGAGGCAACAGAGGAAGUCUGGUGGCGGGGUGACAUACGACAGGGACUGGAGGCAAGGAGGGGACUGCUGACGACGAGCUGGCCCAAGAAUGCGACGGAGUGUCUCGGGGCUCGGCCUUGGGAGGUCUUUCCAACCGCGGCCCCAAGGAGGGCUGGGGGAUCGCUUGAGGGGUCGCUGUAG